AAAUGUUUUGUGCUAAUUAAAUUAUUUUUCUUUGUUCAGGGCAAAAGGAGGUAACACGGCAUGACUGCUACGCACGGCGGCGGACGUGAAGAUGAUCGUCCGGACAAAGACUCUGUGUACACAAUCAAGACGGGAUUCAAAAACGACGGCUACCAGCACGACCGCGACUCGAACGAUGACAUCGUCAAGCCCCCACCGCUUCCCACUGAAGACGAUAACUUUAACUCCGGCAAAGUAACAUUAAAUGUCAACGAAAAAUGGAGAAUACUAAAGAACAUAGCUGCUGUGAGCGCAGCAUUUAUGAUCCAAUUCACCGCCUUCCAGGGGACUGCGAAUCUUCAGUCCUCGAUAAACGCUGCAGAUGGUCUCGGGACCGUGUCUCUGAGUUCAAUCUACGCGGCGCUUGUUGUCUCCUGUAUAUUUGUACCCACCUUCCUAAUUAAGAGGCUAACGGUCAAAUGGACCCUUUGUAUAUCCAUGAUGUGUUAUGCGCCGUACAUUGGGGCGCAGUUCUACCCGGCGUUCUACACCCUGGUCCCGGCGGGUGUGGUGGUCGGCCUGGGAGCCGCCCCUAUGUGGACCUCGAAGGCCACGUAUCUAACGCAAGCGGGAAGCGUGUACGCGAAGCUGACCGACCAGGCCGUCGACGGUAUCAUAGUACGGUUCUUCGGCUUCUUCUUUCUGGCUUGGCAGACCGCUGAGCUUUGGGGAAAUUUGAUCUCAAGUUUAGUGUUUUCAUCGGGAGUCCACAACACCACUACGACAACGGAGAACACGAGCAAAACGUUGUUGACCUGCGGCGCCAACUUCUGCAUGAUCGGAGGCGGUCACCAUGACAACCAGAACCUGCACAGGCCGCCCGACAGCGAGAUAUAUGAGAUCAGUGCCAUAUACCUCGCCUGUGUCGUUGUUGCCGUGCUUAUGGUUGCACUGCUUGUUGAUCCACUUUCCAGGUACGGUGAGAAACAAAGGCAGACAGACCCCUCAAAGGAGUUGUCUGGCAUCCAGCUGCUGUCAGCCACCGCAUACCAACUGAAGAAACCCAACCAGCAGCUACUGAUCCCCAUCACGCUAUGGAUCGGAAUGGAGCAGGCUUUCAUUGGAGCAGAUUACACCCAGGCUUACGUAUCCUGUGCUCUCGGUAUCCGCUCCAUCGGUUACGUGAUGAUCUGCUUCGGGGUCGUCAAUGCUAUUUGUUCACUGGUCUUCGGAUCUGCUAUGAAGUACAUCGGUAGAUUCCCCAUACUCGUGAUGGGAGCCGCCCUGCACUUGGGACUGAUAGUUUGGCUCCUUAUCUGGAAGCCGAAUCCUGAGUCUCCAACAGUUUUCUUCGUGAUCUCUGGACUGUGGGGCGUUGGUGACGCUGUGUGGCAGACGCAAAUCAAUGGGUUGUACGGUGUAUUGUUCAGACGCAACAAAGAGGCCGCCUUCUCCAACUACAGAUUGUGGGAGAGUGCUGGCUUCGUCAUCGCUUACGCGUACUCCACGCACCUGUGCGCCAGGAUGAAGCUCUACGUCAUGAUGGUGAUGCUCCUCAUCGGUGUCGCCGGGUACAUUGUCGUCGAAAUCCUUCACAAGAGAAAGGCUCGCCGUCUGAAGGCCAUCGCUGAGGACCCGGCCAUCGCUGCCGAGGCCGCCAAGCAGCCGCCAGAAGAAGACGACGAGAAGGACGAGAUCGAUGAUGAAAUCAUCAUCACGCACCUGUAAGCCAUAGCCGAUGGCCCCGGGCCAGCCCCCGCGGCGCCCGCCCGGGCCCCGUCCCACACUAACGCGAACAUCUCGCCGCACGGACAUUAGUUUAGGCUGCCCCACACGCACAUACAAAAUUUUGCCAUACGUUUGGGUAUGUACAAAAUCACAAUGACAUCUCCAUAUUAUAAUCUCGAAUGUAAUUAGUGCUAUUUAUGUAUCCAAUAGUUAAGUUAUUAUAAGACGGAAGAGGUGCGAAAAAUCUAAAAGACUUUACAAGUACAAACAUGAGGGUAACACAACACUGCUGCAGUGCAACUGCUUGGUACAGCUGUCCCAUACAUUGCAAGACCCGUAUUUAUUCAUUUUAAAUACAUAUGAAUCUCAGCGAAACACUUUGAUGGUACAAAUCCGACGUCGUCUUGUGUCUCGAAGGACAAUAAUCUCUUACAUUAUGGUACAUUAUUUUUAUUCAAGAGGUCAGCUCUUGUCUAUGCAGCAAUCAAUGUAGAUAAUUUUUGACAUCUUAACAAUUGAUAUCAAUAAUUGAAUUUUCGAAAUUCAAAAUACCUAAAUGCUCGAACAGUAUUGUAAAACCUUUUGGCUAUAGAUUUCAUUGGUUGUGAAACUAUAUUGAAGACGUCCGCUUCGCCUUACAGUUUCAUGAAAUCAGAGGUGCAUGCGAUAUAUUACAUUUUGUCCUUACCGAUGCCGCUUGGUUGGGGACGUAAGCGUCAAUAACAUUGAUUCCAAUGGAAUGAUAAUGUAGCCGUCUGGGUUCAUUAUUCUUUCGUUAGUAAUUAAGCGCAUUGUUUUAAUCGUUUGACUUCUUAGUCUGUUUUGUUAUAUAUUUGGUAUUAAACAAUAAAAUUCGUACACGUUAGUAGAAAGUGGCGUUAGUUUUCUGGUUCAACCACAAGGGUGGUAUAUUGACACUGGUUUAAAACAGCCGUCUUAAAUAGUCUAAUGCAUUCAAACUAAGAUUUUGUUUUGUUUAAAAGAGGAUAUCUAAUUUGGUCGAUUAAAUACAAAGCUCUUUGCUUUUCGAAACUUGAUCCGUAUAACGUUGCUCAAUUAUAGCAGAGCACAAACGUAAAUUGGAGUAUUUAUUGUGCAAAGAUGUCACCAGAUGGCGUUAUAUAUCAUUGUAACAGAUGUAGAUACAGCUAGCACAACUGCCGAGUGACAUUAUACAUGUAUAGGUAAUAUAUUUAUUUAUGUUUGUUUAACAAAUUCUAUUUCUUUUUUGUAUUUUUUGGAGCAGGUAUAGUUAUGUGUACAUCAACAGUAUUAAUUUUUAGUAAAUGUAGCGUCAUCGCGGUCAGACAUCUUAUUUAUUCACCAUCAGUUGUGAGGACCAAUGGUUCCAGGAUCAUUGGUCUAAUACGAAUUAAAUAAUUUUACAUUUGUUAAUAUUAUUAUUAUUCAAUGCCCAACAAGACAGAUAACUGUCGUGUAUAGGUAAUUUGUUUCUUUGGAAUUUAUAUAUACUAAACCCCUUUUGCGAUGGAUUUAAAAGCGGUUGAAAAUCUGAUCGUAAGGUAACUAGAUCAAAUGAAUUAAUAUUAUUUUUAAUUAUAGCAAUAUUAUACAUACGUAGAUAAAUUAAGCUUUGUGUAUACCUAUCACAUGGACGUUUAAAAUUGUAUCCACAGCAUAAGAGCUUGUUGUCGUUUACAAUUUUAAACGUCAUGUUAAUUUUAAGAGUUUAUAUAGGUAUAUUUAUGUUAGAUUCUAAAAGUAUUUAUGUAUGGAAUGCUAUUGGGACCUCCACAGAUCGAAUAUACUUUGCAAAGACACGAUGCGAGCUAAUUUUGUACUGUAAACUACGAGGAAGAUUUUAUUCUAUUAUAGAAAAUAUCUUUAGCCGACUACAAAGUAUGGCGCAACAGUGCAAUUAUUGUGACAAGUACGUAGUGUACGUUGCGUACGUGGCGUACGUAUCGUUCGUAGCGUACGUGCCUGCUGUCUGCGGAGGUAACAAUUCAUAUCGUUCUAUUUAUUAUCAGAACUACAUCGGCAUUAGGAAAGUCCAUGUUAUGGUACAAUUUCUAAGUUUACCCUGUCUUUUCCGUUUGUCCUGACACCAAGUAUGCAAGGUUUAUGCAAUAGGUAGGGUAACAAAACCACGUGAUAAAUUAACAAUAAAAUGUAAUUAUAUAAAUAAUAUAAGCAUAUUAUUAUAUUAUUGUAAAUUAAAAAGUUAGAGUUAGUUAUGUAAGGCUAUUAUAUAAUAAUAAAUAAAUCUAUCGCUCUAUUUUUGAGAUAACACCUUUUUUGUUUGAAUAAGAUAUUAUGUUACUUUAUUAAUGAUGUCAUAUGAAUUUGUGAUGAAAUAAACAUAGAGUUGUUUGGUCAAA